UUCCCACAGAUGAAAUAUGAACAGAUAAAUGCAAAAGACAAUGUUUCCACAGUGAAGCAAUUUGUCCUGCUGGGAUUCUCUGACUUUCCAUACCUCCAAGGGUUUCUAUUUGGGGUAUUCUCUAUUGUGUAUAUAAUUAUCCUAAUUGGAAACAGCCUCAUAGUCAUAAUAACAAGACUUGACCCUACACUACAGAAACCCAUGUAUUUUUUCCUGGCAAAUUUUUCUUCCCUAGAAAUCUGUUAUGUAUCAGUCACUCUCCCAAGAAUUCUGUUCAGUAUUUGCACUCGGAAUAGGAGCAUUUCUCUGCUGGACUGUGCUAUUCAAAUGUGCUUCUUCCUUGUACUGGGAGCCACUGAGUGUUUCCUCCUGGCUGUGAUGUCCUAUGACCGCUACAUGGCCAUCUGCAACCCUCUGCACUAUCCUUUAGUCAUGAACCCCCAAAAAUGCAUCCAGCUGGCUGCUGUCUCCUGGAUCAGUGGAAUGCCAAUCCAGAUAGGACAGACCUCUCAAAUAUUCUCUCUGCAGUUCUGUAAUUCAAACCAAAUUGACCACUUCUUCUGUGACAUACCCCCAGUUAUCAAACUAGCCUGUGGGGACACUUCUGUGCAUGAGCUUUCUGUGUUUAUAGUAUCUAUGUUGUUUGCUGCAAUUCCUUUUAUGUUGGUACUUGCUUCUUACAGCAAAAUCAUUUCCACCAUUCUGAGGCUGCCAACAGCCACAGGGCGUGGUAAGGCAUUCUCCACAUGUUCUUCCCACCUCCUGGUUGUGGUUUUAUUUUAUGGAUCAGCAACCAUUACCUAUUUAAGACCAAAAUCUAAUCAUUCUGCAGGAAUUGACAGACUGUUCUCUCUUUUCUACACAAUCGUGACUCCCAUGUUCAAUCCAGUGAUAUACAGUUUUAGGAACAAGGAUGUGAUUGCAGCAUUGAGAAAAUUAUUAUUUAAAACAUAG